UUGGUUGUUACUUGUCUUAAAGCCUCAAACAAUGGCGCCGAGCACACUGUUCCAGUCUUCGUUCUUUUUUUGUUUUUAUUCCUCGUGCUCGCCCAGGCCUGGAGUUCUCAACUGCGUGUUUGUACCCACUAUUCCCGCCAAUUAGCUCGCACCCGGAGUCCCUCGUUGGUUGGGCUGUGACAUACGAGCGAUCCUUGGUGCACAUUGCAAUACACUAAUAACCACACCUUGUAUUACCCGUCCUGGUAUAGGAACACAACUUCCAGCGCGUUUGCCUCUCUCUCCAUGCAGCAUCUGGUUGUACUAUAGGCUUGUUCAGAAUGUCCGCUUUUAUCGUCACGUACCCGCCGCUCGGCCAAGUUACGCAGCUCCAGAACUCUGAACUGACGAUCCAUGCGGUUCUGGAGAUUCCUCCUGAAUCUACUACGGAGAAUUGGCAGCUUGCUCUCUGGUAUUCCAACGGAGAUCAGGAGGAAUGGGAAGAAGCAGUCUUAGUUCCCUCUAUCCACGAUGUCCGUCCCACGGAACUACACGAAUCCAUUGGAGCCGCGGCGAGGUUGUACUUCACGACCCGGGUAGUCGUCAGGUCCUCGUUAACCUUCACCAUCAAGUUUCGUCAAGGCACCGAUGACCAAGAAUGGAAAUGGGUUCGCAGCGAGCAGGGCUCGGGUGAUGCCAUUGUGAUCAUCAACCAGAAACCAACUCGAGAGGACGACCCCGAGGACCUGCCUGACCUGAUUCGGGAUCUGAAUCCGGAGCUGGAAUGGAAACGCCACAUGAGCCAGUCUCCUGGAACGCGCCUGUGGACUGUUGAGGCACAAGUACACGGGGCAAAGGAGGAUGAAUCAGCGUUUGUCGAAGUACCACUGGGCAUUCCGUGGGGCGGGCGGUUCCUCAGGUAAGGCG